GUAAAACAUAUGCGCGCGAACCAACGGCCCUAGAUCCGCCCACACAGAUAGGACAAUCUGUUAAUUGACUCAUUCAUAACUCCUCUUUUCAACACCGUUUAGAUGAAAUACAUUUAUAACAGUAGCACUACAAUCUCCUUACUAACAUUCCUAUAAAUCGGAUGAUUUAUUAAAUCGGAACACGUACGUCUCCAGUCUUGUGUACAUAAGUCUAUGCAAGAGGUCGUAGGUGGAACAAGUGAGGACGUGAACUUGAUGUUCACAAAGCUAUCAAUCAUGCCAAGUUUAGCCUCACUCUUUUGGGAGACAUCAGCGGAGCUAUUCUUCGAACAGACACAUUAGAGACUUGUUUAUUUGCCGCUAUUGGAAGCAGAGGUGAAACAAGUGCAAACGGCGAGAAAAUGCCACACAACCCGGCAGGGGCUGCACGGCGGACGAGUGGUUAGUGCGCAGACGUCACAGCUAGGAGACUGGAGUUCAAUCCCACCCACGGCCAUCUCUGUGUGGAGUUUGCAUGUUCUCCCCGUGCAUGCGUGGGUUUUCUCCGGGUACUCCGGUUUCCUCCCACAUUCCAAAAACAUGCUCGGUUAAUUGGCGACUCCAAAUUGUCCAUAGGUAUGAAUGUGAGUGUGAAUGGUUGUUUGUCUAUAUGUGCCCUGUGAUUGGCUGGCGACACCACCGCAACCCUCGUGAGGAUAAGCGGUAGAAAAUGGUCUGAAGUAUGUUUGUUUUUGCCUGGAAAUGCUACAUGUUGCGUUUGCAUUGUCGUUAUUUUCAACAUAGAUGCAGUGUUUCAUGAUUGUAAAUACUGUAUAAACGCAAAUAAAAUAUGGAUAAUUUAGAUAUCCAUCUUUAAUUAUAAAAAUCAUGCUAAAAAGCAUUAUGUUCUCAAAUAUAAAAUAUGGAAUGAAUAUAUAUAACAAUGGCACUAUUUUUCGCUGGAAAAUUUGCUCUGACUUCUUGAAUAUUUGGGGUAGAGGAGUGAAUAAGGUAUCCAAUUAAAGUUCAGGUCACCCUUUAUCAUACAGAAUUAACCACAGACUUGGUUUUAUUAUUAUUUUUUCUUCUAAAUUUUGCAGUACUCACUGAGCUGCAGACCUGUCACAUCCUUGUGACGUAAAACAUAUGCGACAGACCCAAUGCUAAUGAUAGAUAAGAUAAGAUAAUCUGCUCAUUUACUCAUGUCUUUUCAACACCGCUUGCAUAAAACACCCUUAUAAAUACACUUAUAACAACAACAAUAUCCCAAUCUCCUAUAAAUCGAAUGAUUUUGUAGCGAUGGGUAAAUAGUGUUGUUCCAAGCUGCUGUUUAGUUUAAUGCCUAUAGGGAGCAGUCAUGCGCAACAUUCUAGUUUACAGCAAGCUUGCCAACCGCCAAUAAACAACAGAAGAAGAAGUGUUGCACUGUUCAUGCUGUUACGAGUACUUGUCAGUGCUGUAUGUUUCUGGUGAAAAUAAAUGGCCAUCCUGACGUCGAAUUAUUCAGCCGCCAUUAUUCAGUAUAUUCGUCGGAAUACCGUCCAGUCUUGUGUCUAUGCAUUAAGUGAAUUUAAUGUUCACAAAGCUAUCAAUCAUGCCAAAUUUAGCCUAACUCAUGUAGGGAAAGCGAAUAUAUGCUUCGACCAGACACUUUAGUGACUUGUUUAUUUGCUGGUAUUGUAAGCAGAGGUGAAAAUGGUGCACACGGCGAGCAAUGCUACACAACCCGGCAGCGACCGCUGUGGCGAUGCCAGCGACCGGCAACACUGUUCCAACUAUAAGAAUUGUGACUUCGAAGAAGACUUCUGUGACCUGAUCCAAAGAUCAGAGCCCUUUUUUAAGUGGAACAGAACAAGAGAGGUUCCAGUCAUCUCAAGUGACCACAACAAUCAAUCAGCAUAUUUCUUGUCACUUGUGGCCAGCAGAGGACAUCAUGUAAGAGCACAAUUAUUCAGUCCAUCCUUUGUGGCUGUUGACACCUGCCAGAUGAGCUUCUACUAUCAUGUCGCGGCCCAACAUGGAGCUCUGCAGGUUCUGACUGAGAGCAGUCCACCGGGUCACAGCAAUGUAGUGUGGACACACUCCAGUCCAACGACAGCAUGGCAGCACACUGUCAUUGGCUUUGACAGCAACAGCACUUUUCACGUGGUGAUUGAAGGGCAUCUGUCUGCAGACAGCGAUGCUUCAGAGGUCGUGGCCAUCGAUGACCUUUCCUUUAGUCCCAACUGUGUGCCUGAGAACACUGUGCCCCCACCAACCGCCUUGUGCCCCCCUUCCUGGUUUGCAUGUGGCAGCGGGCUGUGCAUAGAGGACAGCAAAGUGUGCGAUUUCACCCCGGAAUGUCCUCAUGGAGAUGACGAAAGCAACUGUCCUGCAGAAUGUGACUUUGAGGGCGACUCUUGUGGCUGGUACGAGCUCACUCUUGGUGACGGCUUUGACUGGGUUAGGGGCUCGUCCUUGGACGUACCCCCCGAGUACUAUGGCCGCCCGCCUCCUCUGGACCACUCCACCAACAGCACAGAUGGUCACUUUAUGUUCAUCCUGAAGAACAGCAGCAGUCUUUAUCCUAGGGCUGUUCUCAGAGGACCAUGGUUCCAACAGUCGUCCACGGGGUGCACCAUGACCUUCUGGCAUUACAACUCAGGCAUCUCCGUGGGGGCUGCCGACAUGUACCUUCGCAUCCGAGGAGUCCAUAACAACACAAUCAUUUGGAGGACUUUGUACGAUCAAGGAAACCACUGGAACCGGGUCAGCGUGCAGCUGGGGCGCAUCACGCAGCCCUUCCAGAUCGCCCUGGCAAAAAUCAGCCUUGGCGUGUUCGACGGCAUUUCCGCCGUGGAUGACAUCUCCUUCCACAAUUGCUCCAUGCCGCCCGCCGUGGUUGAGUGCCCUCCGCACACUCACUUCCACUGCACACGCACUAAAGCGUGCGUGGAGCGGCUGCAGCUCUGUGACCUGGUGGACGACUGUGGGGAUGGAUCUGAUGAAGUGGGCUGUUCUCCUGAGCUGCAGUGUAACUUUGAGAAGGGGCUUUGCAGCUGGAAACAGGAGCAAUGCGGUGCAGACGCCUUUGACUGGACCCGUAUUCAUGGCCCCACCCCGUCCUUCAACACGGGGCCCUGGAAGGAUCACACGCUGGGCACCAGCUAUGGCCACUACCUCUACAUUGAGUCGUCUGUCCCACAGGAGUUCAAGGACACGGCGGUGCUACUCAGUCCAACUUUCCAACCCACCCACCACCACGGUGACAGCCUGUUUGAAUCCAGCCAGCCUUGCGUGUUCCGCUUCCAUUUCCACAUGUUUGGAUCGCACGUCUUCUGUCUGGCUGUCUAUCUCAGGACCACAUCGACGGGCCGUGGGCAGUUGCUCUGGGUGCGAUAUGGAGACCAAGGGAACUUUUGGCACAGGAAGACUCUCUACCUUACCAGUGCUCGACCUUUCCAGAUUCUAAUCGAAGGAACAGUCGGAGAUGAUUUCAAUGGGGACAUUGCCAUCGAUGACCUGUCCUUCCUGGGUUGUGUUCCCUAUGAAGGAGAGCUGCCGCAGGCCAACACCACGGACCCUGCGGUGACCACUCCAAGCCCCACGCUUCAGCCCCACAGCUGCCCCCAUGGGGAGUUUGCUUGCGGCUCACCUGACGAGUGCGUCGCCCAUGUGAAAGUGUGCGACUUCAGGCUGGACUGCUCUGACGGCUCAGACGAAAGCGAGUGUGUGGCACAGCAGUGUGAUUUUGAAGAAGGUAAAAGUUGCGGUUGGAAGACUGUAAACACGGCCACCGUGUCCAUGCAAGCGUUUCACUGGUCACCUGACCAAGGAGAGAGCAUUCACGCUGGAGAGCAAUAUCACCGUCCCUUCACUGACCACACCCUAGGCAGCCCUGAAGGAUGGUACAUGUAUGCCGACAGUUCAAAUGGCGGCUACGGUCACACCAGCGACCUCCAGACACCCGUCAUCUCAUCCACUGGGCCCCAGUGCACACUGGUCUUCUGGUACCACAUGGGCGGCUUCACCGUGGGCUCUCUGCAAGUGCUGCUGCGGCGUGGCGCCAUCACUCAUGAGCUUUGGUCUCAGACUGGUAACCAAGGCAACAAGUGGAGGCGAGGAGAAGUGUUCUUGGGGCUGUCACGUGAUAUUCAGGUGGUGUUCAGAGCCAAGCGAGGGAUAAGCUACAUGGGUGACGUGGUGAUCGACGAUGUCAGUUUCGUGGAUUGUCCUCCCCCGCUGCCCUCAGAAGUGGCGUGCACGCCUGAGCAGUACGCCUGCGGCAACGGCCGCUGCAUCCCUCACGACAACCUGUGUGACUUCAUUGACCACUGUGGGGACAACUCGGACGAGGACCCCUACAUCUGCAAAGGCUUUAGUGGACGCUGCAACUUUGAAUUUGACCUCUGCUCCUGGCGCCAGUGCUUGGAUGAUGACUUUGAUUGGCAAAUCAAAGCCGGCAACACCCCUACUGUGGGUACGGGGCCAUCCACGGACCACACCCUGAGAGACCCCAGUGGACACUACCUCUAUCUGGAGAGCUCCUUCCCUCAGGCGGCCGGGAACGCUGCUUGCAUGUCGGGGCCCGUGUUAAACUACAGUAGCUCACAGUGCAAGAUGCGUUUCUUCUUCCACAUGUCUGGAGACGGCAUGGGGACGCUGGCUGUCUUCAGGAGAAGUGAAGGAAGUCUUGAUCUGCUCCUCAACCUGACAGGCGACCAGGGCAACUACUGGCAGAUGAUGGAAGUCCCGCUGAGCCACACCAAGGACUUCCAGGUCAUGUUUGAGGGCAAAGUGGGCAGAAAUCCAAAGGGGGACAUCUGCUUGGAUGACAUCACCUUCUCACCAGGGUGCCUGCUGGCCUCUUGGACGGUGGCAGACGACAACACUCCUCCUCCUCAAGGCUGGUGCCCUUCGGGCUUGCUGCCGUGUGACAACGGUGGCUGCUACGAUGCCGGCCAACGCUGUGACUUCAGAGAUGACUGCGGAGAUGGCACAGACGAAAAGCAUUGUGGGACUUCCUGCUCCUUUGAGGGGGGCCGAUGUGGCUGGAAAAGCUCCCUGGCGGACAAUUUUGAUUGGUCCCUGGGAACAGGCUCGCUCCAAAGCAUACGACCGCCAUAUGAUCACACUUUGAAGGAUGAAAACGGUCAUUUCCUCUACCUGGAAGCUACGCCUGUGGGACUGAAAGGCGAUAAGGCUCACAUCAGGACUUCUGUGUGGAAAGAGUCCAGCUCCAUCUGCAAGCUCUCCUUCUGGUACUACAUCUCCCACAAGGCCUCAGGAACCAUCCGCUUGUUCAUCAAGACAGACAACGCCUUGUGGGAGGUGUGGAACAAAUCGGGCCAUCAAGGGAACCAGUGGAACCGGGCCGAGGUCCCGCUGAGGAAGCUGCGGAAAUUUCAGGUGAUAUUCGAGGGUGUGCGCUGGCGGGACGUGAGUGGAGGCGCCGCGUUGGACGACCUGGAGUUCAAAGACUGCGCCCCCAGUGUUGCAGAGCUAACCAGCUGCCCUGCAAUCACAGACUUUGUGUGUCACAGCGGCCACUGCAUCGAGUCCCACUUGGUGUGCGACGGCAAGGACGACUGUGCCGACAAAUCAGACGAGAAGGACUGCGGCGACGUCUUGGCCAUGCCGGGAGCUUGUAAUUUUGACAUGGAUAAAGACCAAUGGGAGGAGACAUGCCAGCUCUUACAGGACACGGACGACGAUUUUGACUGGAGGAUCCAUGAUGGCAGCGAGGCAUCAGGGACUGGACCAACAUCUGACCAUAGUCCAGGUGGCGGGGGAAGCUUCCUGCACAUCCAUUCAGCCGCUCAGAAAGAGGGCGACGUUGCCAAGGUGACGACCAUGAGUCGCUUUCCAGCCAGUGUGGGCCUGUGUCACCUGCGCUUCUGGUUCUACAUGCACGGCUCUGACAGGAUGGGGACGCUGAAGGUCUUCACCAAGGGACCAAGUGGAAUGCCACUAUUGAUGUGGGCGAUGGCUGGUAAUCAAGGCGAGGGCUGGACGUACGCCAACGUCAUCCUGUCCAAUCCGGCGCCUUUUCAGGUGACCUUCCAGGCCGAAGUGGGCAGAGACAUGUGGACCGACAUCGCCCUGGAUGACAUCACGUAUACAGCUGAGUGCACAACAGGAGGACCAGUGACCCCACAGCCCAUCACAUGCAGCGUGGAGCAUUUCCAGUGUGUCUACUCCUUCCAGUGCAUUCCCAAGAGCUGGCUCUGCGAUGGGCAGUUGGACUGUUUGGACCAGUCUGAUGAAGAAGGCUGCCCCACGGCGAUACCCGGCACCCUCCCUCCUCAAGGAGGCUGUCCUGAAGGGCACUACCAGUGUUUGAACAACCUCUGCAUCCCGGCCAUACUGCGCUGUGAUGGCGUGUCUGACUGUCCUGAUGGCGAGGAUGAGUACAGCUGCCCCCUGCUGCAAUGUGAGCUGGGAGAACUGCUGUGUGAAAGCUUGCCUGCUUGUCUUCCUCCUCACAAGCGUUGCGACCACUAUGCAGACUGUCUGCCUUUCCUCUCUGAUGAGUCCAGCUGUGAAGAAUGUCCUCCACUGUACUGCCUGGAUCGUGGCUCGUGUCGUGUCGAGACACAUGGACCUGUUUGCAUGUGUUUCCCAGGCUGGACCGGCAACCGAUGCCAUGUGCGAGAGAAGCCACUUGUCCCCACGCCGACGCCCUCCGAGCUUGAGGACACACAGCUAGAUGCGGUGUAUGCGGGUAUCGCCGUGGGAAUGCUGCUUCUGAUAUCCGGAAUGGCGGUCUGCAUCCUGGCACUGUGCAGGAAGCGAUGCCGCGUGUUGAAACGGGACCAGACGGACUACGGAAUGAUGGAUCAGCCUGCCUUUGACUGGAGGGCAAAGCUCCCGUCUGGGGAUAAAAGGAAGGGCCGCCACACAGCCAGGCACUUUAAUGAGGUCGGGGGGCUCUCGAUCAGCGUGUACCCUUGGACGAGGGAGGCGGAGCAGAGCUCUUCCUGGAGAGACGCCAAGCUGUCCUUUGCCAACCCGCUCUACGGUCACCCCCAGCACUGCACCAGCUCCCACACUUAAAGGAAAGACACUGUGUGUGUGGACAUACUAAGUAUGCACACAAACUCACAUAUGGACGUGAUGCAACUAGCAAGAAGAGCUCAGAGUUUCUUGAGGCAAUAGUUUUGUUUUUACAUGCUGAAGCUCCAGCUCUCACACUCAUUGGUAGCAGGACAAUGGAAAUAAAAGCCAUUACAAAAAAAAAAAAAACCCGAGCUGACCACUUGUUGCUAGGCGGAAUUGGUGAUCACUGCUCUGCAUUAUAUAUCAAAUACAAAAUAGUGGGUUACUGCCAGUGUUUCCCAUAGCUCACCCUCACUCAUAAACACAUUAUAAUGGACCUAUAUGGCAUCGUAACUUGGAACACACCUCAUAGGCUUAUGGUCUGCCAGAGAAUAAGAA